CAUGGAGGGGCCUCUCUGAGGCAGGAGCUUCCAGGCUCGCUUGUGAAGGAUGAGGAAAAGCUGGUUGUAGCUGACAUCAGAAGACUGCAGAAGCGGUGUGGGAUUGCUGCAGAGAAGAAGUCGUCUUAUGGUGCCCACGUGAGGCAGCAGAUGCAGGCCCAGGAAAGAGAAAUGGAGUCACUGGUUCGAGAGCACAAAGAUGUGUCAUUAACGUUGGGCCAGAUCACCUCCCUGAGAAACACUAAGCAGGAUGACAGAAAUUGUGUGGAGCUGUGCCGCCUUUGGCAAACAAAAAAAGAAUAUGAUUCUGUGAUUAGAGAGAGAAAAGCCCUAUUAGCUGACCUGGACAGCCAGAUAUUAGAGCUGGAAAAAAAGAUUGCGAAGCAAUACCGGAGAGCAGCGAAGGCGAAGCACGCCAACAGCAGCCAUCAGCUGCAAAAGCGGAUUGAGGCACUGGAGACACAUCUGUACAACCUCACUGUACGUUUUGAUACCAACAUGACCAGAAAUAAGAAACUCCAAGAAGAGAUUACAGACCUACAAAUACAGAAGGCAAUUCUUGACAAGCUCUACUUCAAGCUCCAUAAAAAGCUGAAUCAGCUUAAGACCCGGAUGAACGCUGCCAUGGAGCAAAUCACACAAGCCUAUAAGCAGUGGAUGGAGGCUCUGGCAAGGACUUCUGACAUGAAGGAACAGAACAGCAAAGAUGCCCUGCAGUACAACAUCGAGAUGCAGCAGCGGGAGCGGGUCUUGGAUCAGGAGGGCAGACUUAAAACAUUCACACUCACCAAAUUUACCAGUCGGGCUGAACUGGAGGAAGAGGCCAGAAAGAGAAAAGCCUUGAAGGCAGCCCAGCGGGCCCAGUGUGCUAGCCAAAGGGAAAGCUUCCAGGGCCGGGAGGUGGCUUACAGACGUCUGCUGGAGGUGACAAAGGACAGAGACAUCAGCCAGCUGCUGAACAGCUUCGUCAAAAGGGAAGAGAAAAACUUUGCCUCCUUCAACUACGUCACGGAGCUGAACAAUGAUCUGGAGAAGAAGGAGCAGAGGGCCAAGGACCUCCAGAGUGAAAUUACAGCCCUCAUGAUGGACCAGGAGCAUGCAGAGAGCAGCAGCCUUCAAGCCCUGAAGGAACUGGAGGAAAAACUGAAGAAAAUCACUAAGGAAGCCAAUCAAUACGAAGAGAGAUGUCAACUGAGCAGCAAAGCUCUUGCCCAGAAAAUAUAUGACUUGGAGGCCCUGUGCAAAGAGAUUAACUGUGACACAGCAAACAUAAAGGAGCAGCUUGGAGAAAACAAGCAGAACAUGGAUGUGAACCUGAAGCAGGUUUUUGGUCUCCUUGAGAAGAAGGUGCAUGAGCUGCUGCUGCUGGAGUGUGUCCUGCGCUAUACCUCAGCCGAUGGCUCAGAUCCAGACCAGCCAUUCAUCAGCCCGCUGCUGGGUGGCUCCGAUCCCCUCCAGGAGCUGGAUCAGGCCAAGCUCUACCCACCGCCCCCCACCCUGGGCAGCAGCGCUGAGCCCAUCAAUGCCUGUGAAGUGCCGCUGGACCACAACCAGCUGCGCCAGCUGGUUCUGCAGAGCCAUGAGGAGCACCAGGGCAGUGCCACCAAGGUGGACAAGAAGGGGAGGAACAGCAGGAAGAUGUAA